GGGCUCUUUUAUUUUGACAGUCAUCCGGAUGUUGUGGGUUACGUCACAGUGUGCGCAUGUCUGCCCUCUUGCCACACACGUGAAGUCAUGUCCAAAGCAAAACAAAAACGAGCCAAACGCCUCGGCUUCCUCGGAAAAUUUAAGAAUAAAGAUGGACAGAAGAAUGAUGCUUCAGGGAAGACAAAUAAAUCAGAUCAGUCCUCUACGCAGCAUGGCAAAAACAGAAAACCAGAGGAAAUCCGGCAGCAAAGGCUCCAGGACCUCCAGGACAGGCAGAAAAUCUCUAGAGAACGAGAGCUGAUGAAGAGGAGGAACUUGCAAAGCUUUCAGAGUGACAUCCUACAGCGACAAAGAGACUUUGAGCAGAAGGAGAUGGAGAUGCAGAGUUUGGAGAAGAAUGUUAAUUUUGAAAAUGAGAACUCAAGAAAGGCAUAUUACAGAGAAUUUAAAAAGGUAGUUGAGGCCUCAGAUGUGAUUUUGGAGGUUUUGGAUGCACGUGACCCUCUUGGCUGCAGAUGUCCUCAGGUGGAGCAGGCAGUCAUUCAAAGUGGAACAAACAAGAAGAUAGUUUUAGUGCUUAAUAAAAUUGAUUUGGUGUCAAAGGAAAUAGUGGAAAAGUGGAUUAAAUAUCUUCGGAAUGAGUUUCCUACAGUAGCUUUCAAAGCAUCAACUCAGCAACAGUCCAAGAACUUGAAACGCAGUAACGUGCCAGUGACACAAGCCACCACAGAGCUUCUGAGCACCAGUGCUUGUGUCGGUGCCGACUGCUUGAUGAAGCUUCUUGGCAACUACUGCCGCAACCUGGACAUAAAGACGGCCAUCACUGUAGGCGUUGUAGGUUUUCCUAAUGUGGGAAAGAGUAGUUUGAUCAACAGUUUGAAACGGGCACGAGCAUGUAAUGUCGGAGCCACUCCUGGUGUCACUAAAUGCCUUCAAGAGGUUCAUUUGGACAAACACAUUAAGCUUCUAGACUGCCCUGGCAUUGUCAUGGCAACUUCAACCACCGAUGCAGCGAUGAUUCUUCGUAACUGUGUGAAGAUCGAACAGCUUGUCGAUCCUCUUCCACCUGUCGAAGCCAUCCUUCGACGCUGUAACAAAGCGCAGAUUCUGGAGCACUACGGAGUUUCAGACUUUCACACAGCUCUGGAGUUCUUGGCGAUGCUCGCUAGACGUCAAGGCAAACUGAGAAAGGGAGGACUGCCCGACACCGAUAAAGCAGCAAAGAGUGUGCUAAUGGACUGGACAGGGGGAAGGAUCAGCUACUUCACACACCCUCCAGAGACGCACACGCUUCCCACUCACGUCAGUGCUGAGAUUGUUACGGAGAUGGGUAAAGCUUUUGACUGGGAUGAGCUGGAAAAAGGAAAUCAGGAGGUUCUUGCAGAGUCAUCUUGCCCUGAUGUCCAAAUGGGAUUUUGCAUGGAAACCACUGGAAUGACACAGGGGGGCCAGGGUGAAGAGUCUCCUGAGCUGGUGGGGGGGUCAAUAGAAGAGCCAGAAUGUAAAGACGAAACUGAAUCUAUGGAGGAUGGCCAGGACCCAGAGUUUGGACCAAUGACAGUGGAGAUAAAAUCUCAGAAGACAAAGACUGACUUACCAAAGGAUGCAGCAUCCAGGGCUCCGGAUUUGAGGGAUAUCUUGGGUGUAGAUCCUCUCCAGCAGGGUCAGGCUCUGCUGGCUGCCGGCAAGAAGAGGAAAAAGCAACAGAAAAGAGCUGACAAAAUUGCCACCAAACUCUCGGACACAUUGACAGCUGCAAUGGACUUCUCAUUUUCAGACAGCUGAAUAUAAUAAUAAAAAAAAAAACAUU